AGGGGUCCAGCUGCCGGCACUAUAUAGCUGUCGGAGGGGGAGCCAGGCUGCAGAUUGAGUCGCAGCCACUGCGCACCCUUUUCUUGCAGCUGAGAAAGGAGCAGCGUGCCAAGAUGUGCAAAGGACUCGCCGCGCUGCCGCACACAUGCCUGGAGAGGGCCAAGGAGAUCAAGACCAAGCUGGGCACACUGCUCCAGAAGCCUGACUCGGCCAUCGACUUCAUCAUCCCCUACCCGGAGAAGCCGGAGAAGCCAGCCAAGGCCCUGAAACCGUCUCCGGAGGAGGUCCUGCAGUGGCGCGACUCCCUGGAGAAGCUCUUGCAGAACCCUUACGGGCUCGCCAGCUUCCGCAGCUUCCUGUGCUCUGAGUUCAGCGAGGAGAACAUCGAGUUCUGGGUGGCCUGUGAGGACUACAAGAAGACCAAGUCCCCUGUGAAGAUGGAGGAGAAGGCCAAGAGGAUCUACGAGGAGUUCAUCCAGACCGAGGCACCCAAAGAGGUGAACAUUGACCACUUCACCAAGGCCGUGACCAUGAAGAACCUGGUGGAGCCAUCACCGAGCAGCUUUGACAUGGCCCAGAAGAGGAUCUUUGCUCUGAUGGAGAAAGACUCCCUGCCCAGAUUCGUGCGGUCGGAGUUUUAUCAGGAGUUAAUCAAGUAGCAAUGAGGCCAGGCUGCGCGAGGCGGCUCACCACGGGCAGCCCUAUUGCUUCUGUCUCAGCACCUACUCCUAUAGCCACUUUGCUUUCACGAUGCCACCCUACAGGAGCACUUAGGAAUGUUGCUAAACACCUGCCCCAGUGCUUUGGAUUCUCAGAUGGCCCAAUGUCUCCUUUCUUUCCUGUAGAGAACCAGCUCACAGGAGCACCAGGUGAUGCUCCAGGGCCUGACUAGUUCAAAGCACUGGCACUGCUUAGCAACCCUAUGUACCGAGCUCAUAGUUUCCAGCCCACAGCUGCGCCCCCACUGCCCGCAUGCAGCCCGGUGCCACGGCCCCGAUGGCUGAUGCCAUACUCAGGUGGCAUCUCUGGGGGUGCUGCCGCAGUUGCUUCUCUCUGUGGUUGCUUCUCUGCAGUGGGCACGCCACAGCAAUACUUUUGCACAAACCCAAACCAGGGGCACCAGUGAGAGGAGGGAGGACAGUCAUGCUGGGGGAGAAAAAAGCUGCUGAGGGAAACCUGUCAGAGCAAAUUCCAGGGAACAUAAAGCAAGCAAACAGCAAAGCCAAAGAUGUCACUGGAAAUAGGAAAAAUAAAACCCCAUCUUCUGGAACAGAUAGCAAACUCUGCUGAGUUUGUGUAGCCUGCCUCUCUCUUCUGUCUCCCUCUCUCUGCCCAGGCAUGUGUUUCCAUGAGGCCAUCUCCUAAAAAGACGACGUCUUUUCAAGUGAUCCAAAUCCAGCCCACUCUGCGCUACCAGAAGAAAUCGCAUCUGACGAUGGGGCAAAGGCAUAUGUGAAAGGUAGCCGGGGCCUCACCCAGCCCCGAACCAGAGAGUUGCUGGAUGUGAAAUGAGCCGAGUCCCAUUCCUGGGGGAUCCCUGCAGCAUCCGUGUGCAAGGAGCAGCAGGCGGGUACUCACUGCCUGCACCCACCCAAGCUCAGACUGCUAAACUUCGGGCCAUGAGGCUCCACGCAGCCUCUUCAGCAUUUACAGAAUUGGAUCAAAACCUCACCAAACCCAAAUAUUUACAUGCUGUCACUACGGCAACGAAUAAAAAUACCGCAGGAAGCGGGCUGCAUUUUCCAGGCAGGGAAGGGGAUGCAGGGGAAAGACGAAGGUGACCAUAAGCAUGAUGUCGGCAGUGGCUUUUUUCUCCUCUCAAGCAAGUGGCUGGGAAAGUCAGAGCUGGAGCAGCAGGGUGAGGCUGGCGAGUCCUCCAGGGCGGCUCAAGCUGCCCCAAGGUGUGGGAUAAGCCCAGCAUGGGUGCAUGGCGAGCAGGAUGCAGGAGUGGGCAGGAGGCUCAGGCAGCCCCCGCCAUCAGGAUGUCCCCACCACCACCUGCACGUCUUCAUGAAGUGGUGCUGCCAUAACCAAGUCUGGCAUGUUUAACCUCCCUGUUGACAGCAUAGAAAUGCAAAUCCAACCAGGCCUCUCUGCGGAAAGACCCAGACCUUCAAUUCCCACGAAUGCUUUGGCGGCUAUUUCUAGAUACCCUCACGUUGUUUCGCAGUUGAAUGCUAAUGUUGAGAAUCCUGAGGUUUGGAUUCUACUGAAGACUGAAUGUGCAAAGAAAACCUGGGAUGUCACUGACUGCAGCAGCUCUGUGUGGGGCAGGGAGAUGGGUCUGGGGUAUAUGAGUGCCCAGAAGAAAGCUGGAGGCCAGGGAGGUGAAACAACCCCAUUGGGAAUCCCACCCCAGCUCGACCUCUGCUGAAGAUGUUGGAAAACUGCUUUGGGGGUGAUGUAACAGUUCCAGCAAAGAAUAGGGUGGCCAUGAAAUGUGCUCCCCAAAGUGUUUUGGAGCUCUUGUGAAGUUGUGUUUGUGUAGAAGGGUCGUUUCGCUAAUUACUGGGGGCAUGCUCAUCUGGAAACAUAGCGAUGCCUGCACCGCAUGGCCGGGCUUUCUGCAGGCUCAGGAGUGUUUGCUGGGCUAGUACCAACCAUCAUAUCUCCGGUAGCAAAUGCUUCAUGUAUUUUGUCACUCUUGCUCUUACUGAGUUUGGCAUAUAUAUGAGCACUCUUCACAUUACAUUAUACAUCUAUAACGUUGCAUCCAUACAUAAGUAUACACACACACAUAUACAUACUCUUAAUAUUGGCAUCCAGAUCCCGGUCAGUGAAUCAAAGUGCAGAGUUUGUGGAUAUGGCGCUUGGGGUCUGAGGGAAAAGUAAAUGGAUUUAGCAUGGUCCCCAACACCACCAAGGGAAACCUCGACCCCUCACCUGCUGAAAAGAGAGGUGCAUCCUCCCUGAUGCCCUCAGAAGCCACCCUGUGCCACGGGCCUGGCACUGUGCACCCCAAGGCCCAUAGGGUGCCUGGGGACCCUCCUUUGUCAUGGGGCAAGGCAACCCCAUGAUGCAGCUUGGGCCCCAGCACCAUCCCAGCACGGGAUGGCCAUCACUGCCGAUGGGUGGUCGAGGGUGUCCCAGGGCUCACCCCAGCCCCUGGCCACUGGUCUGGGCUCCCUGGCUGGGAAUGCAGAGGGCCAUAGCCAACAACCAAGGUUGGAGCUGGAUGGGCUCCUUACGGUCCAAGGAGCUGCUUCUCAUUUUGAUGUUCUCCAUGUGGUUUCCACGCUUGAAGAUGCAGGAAGCUGGUGUGCACUGAGGAACUGGUUGCAUUAACCCACAUUCUUGUACCACUCAGUAAUCCACAUAUAAACAUUUAUUUCUGCUACUGUC